AAAUCAUAUACGAAGGAUACCAAAAAUAAUAAGCAUGACAGAAAAGCAUGGAAAGCCUAUGAAAACUGAUGUAAAGUAAUUUCAACAUUUUGAGGACAGCUGGUUAUUCUAGACAACAAUAAAUUUGGCGCGAUUUUGUGGAGUUGGUUGGUUCGUCGCCAUUCGUCAGGUUCCUCUUUUACAUUGAGGUUUGUUCAUACAGUUUUAUUACUUAACGUGUAAUUCAUUUUACAUAAAUAAAAUAGUACGAGCUAUCAUGGCCAAUUCUCCGGCUGCGAAAAAGCACUUCGUUAUUAAAAGAGAUGGACGCCAAGAAGAAGUUUAUUUGGAUAAAAUUACGUCCAGGCUGGUGAAGCUGUGCUAUGGAUUAAAUACAGAAUUUGUUGAUCCUCUGACAAUUACACUGAAUGUUGUUAAAGGCUUAUAUGCUGGUGUGACAACAAUCGAACUAGACACACUUGCUGCAGAGACUGCAGCUUGGUUGUCCCCAAUACAUCCAGAUUAUGGUAUUUUGGCUGCUCGCAUUGCAGUAUCUAAUUUACAUAAGGAAACAAAAAAACAAUUCAGUGAUGUCACAAGUGAUUUGUUCCAUGCUUUUGAUAUAGAAACAGACAGACAAACUAAAUUAGUAUCACAAUUGCAUUAUGAUAUUGUAAUGAAGAAUGCAGAUACUUUAAAUUCAUGUAUAAUAUAUGAUCGGGAUUUUUCAUACAAUUACUUUGGUUUCAAGACUUUGGAGAAGUCAUAUUUGUUGAAGAUUAAUAACAAGAUUGUUGAGAGACCUCAGCACAUGCUGAUGAGAGUAGCUGUGGGUAUACAUGGAGAGGACAUUAAGUCUGCAAUUGAGACAUACCAUUAUAUGUCUGAAAAGUAUUUUACCCAUGCUAGUCCAACAUUAUUUUCUGCAGGCACUCCUAAGCCACAGUUGAGCUCAUGUUUUUUAUUGAUGAUGCCAGAAGAUUCACUUGCUGGUAUUUAUAAAUGCAUUUCUGAUUGUGCAAUGAUUUCAAAGUCUGCUGGUGGCAUUGGAAUUAAUAUUCAUAAUAUUAGAGCAGCAGGAACACCAAUUAUUGGUACAGGCGGUAAAUCUGAUGGAAUUGUGCCUAUGUUGAAAGUGUUCAACCAUACAGCGAGGUACGUAAACCAAGGUGGUAGACGACCUGGUGCUGUUGCAGUGUAUUUAGAGCCUUGGCAUGCUGACAUUAUGGAAUUCUUGAAUCUAAAAAAGAAUACUGGAAAUGAAGAGGAAAGAGCCAGAGAUUUGUUUUAUGCUUUGUGGAUACCAGACUUAUUUAUGAAACGUGUAGACACUGAUAGUGUCUGGUCACUGAUGUGCCCUCAUAAGUGUCCAGGAUUAUCGGAAUGCUGGGGCGAAGAGUUCGAAAAGCUCUAUGAAAAAUACGAAGCUGAAGGUAAAUAUAACAAACAGAUACCGGCUAGAGAAGUUUGGCGCGCAAUUGUUAUCUCGCAAAUUGAGGUUGGUGUUCCUUAUAUGCUGUACAAGGAUGCCUGCAACUCAAAGAGUAACCAAAAGAAUUUGGGGACAAUCAAGAGCUCGAAUCUGUGCACAGAAAUUAUGGAAUAUACUGCGCCCGAUGAAACUGCCGUCUGCAAUUUGGCGUCCAUUGCCGUUAAUAUGUUUGUAAAGCCAGAUAAAUCUUUCGACUUCAUCAAAUUAAAGGAACUUACCAAACUAGUUACUAGAAAUCUGAACAAGAUCAUCGACAUCAACUAUUAUCCUGUACCUGAAGCUAGAAACUCAAAUAUGAGACAUCGUCCAAUUGGUAUUGGUAUACAGGGAUUGGCCGAUGCUUUUAUCUUGAUGAGGAUUCCGUUCGAAAGCGAAGAAGCACAAAAGGUUAAUGUACAGAUAUUCGAGACUCUUUAUUAUGGAGCUUUAGAGUCCAGCUGUGAAAUUGCUGAAAGAGAUGGACCAUACUCGACAUACGAAGGAUCUCCGGCCAGUAAGGGAAUUCUACAAUAUGAUAUGUGGAAUGUAACACCAACAGAUUUAUGGGAUUGGGCUGCCUUAAAAGAAAAAAUCGCCAAGCACGGAAUCAGGAAUUCUCUCCUUCUAGCUCCUAUGCCAACGGCUAGUACUGCCCAAAUUUUAGGAAAUAAUGAGUCCAUCGAACCGUACACAAGUAAUAUUUACACUCGCAGAGUGCAAGCUGGAGAAUUCCCAGUUAUCAAUCAUCAUUUAUUAAAAGAUCUGGUAGAACUAGGCCUGUGGGACGAGGUCAUGAAGAACCAACUUAUCGCCAACUAUGGUUCCAUCCAGAACAUCCCCAGUAUUCCAGAUGAUAUCAAGAAACUAUAUAAAACUGUGUGGGAGAUCUCGCAGAAGACUGUGAUCAACAUGUCCGCAGAUCGUGGCGCAUUUAUUGAUCAGAGUCAGAGCCUGAACAUACACAUAGCUAACCCAUCGUACGUUGUUAUGAACUCGGUGCAUUUCCAUGGGUGGAGGAAAGGAUUAAAGACUGGUCUUUACUACUUACGCACGAAACCUGCCGCCAUGCCCAAUCAAAUAACGGUUGAUAAAUCAAAAUUAUUUAAAGUGAAGGAAAGGGUUGAAGAUAACGAAGCUGCUUUACUUUGUUCACUGCAAAAUCCGGGCGCAUGUGAUAUGUGCAGUGGUUGAACACACAUACUUUUAUAUUUAUCAAUAUUUUUAAUUUUGUAAUAGUUUUUUUUAUGUUAUUUUUUAGAAUAAGAUUUUUAUAGUUGUUUGACAUAACUACCAUAAUAAAA